CCAAGAUGUCAGCGCCCAUGUAAAAAGUGCGCGGAAAGCAGUUUCCUACAUUAGGAUUGUUGUUGUGUUUGUUCCGUUUAAUCAUUAAAGGUAGACAUUAACAAGAUAAGAUGGCGGAUUACGAUGACGACGAUAAUAUGUGGGACGAAGCUGGAGGAGAGUCUCCUGAUUUAGAAGAUGAAGAAGAGACCAUGGCUGUCCACCAGGAAUGCAUUACUGCUUUUGAGUCCAAAGAUUUCAUCAUGGAACCUGGUGUUUUUCAGUUUUUGAAAAGGUUUUUACAGGCAGGUGGGUCUCCCGAGAAAGUUGUGGAAAUGCUCUCUGAGAAUUACACAGCAGUAGCCCAAACCGUCAACCUUCUAGCUGAAUGGCUUAUACAGGCAGGUGUGGAUAUCAAAGUUGUUCAGGAAAUGGUUGAAAAUCACCUAAAAGCUAUGAUUCUCAAGCACUUUGAUCCUAAAAAGGCAGAUUCUAUUUUUACAGAUGAAGGAGAGACACCUUCAUGGCUUGCAGAGAUGAUAGAGUUUCCCACAUGGAGAGAACUUUUCUAUAAAUUGGCUGAGGACUAUCCAGACUGUUUGAUGUUGAACUUCACUGUGAAGUUGAUCUCGGAUGCUGGUUACCAGGGGGAGAUAACCUCAGUUUCCACAGCAUGUCAUCAGAUUGAAGUUUUUUCCCGUGUGUUACGAACAUCUAUCACCAGUUUACUGGAAGGAGGUGAAGAGGCUGUGAAAAAAAACCUCCCUGAAUUUACAAAAAUGGUUUGUCAUGGAGAACACACGUACCUAUAUAGUCAGGUGUUGAUGCACAUUCUGGCUAACGAGCCUCGUGGGGGGUCCAACAUUCGUAGAUUGUGUCAGGAACUACAGAAUGGAGCUAAAGACCGAGGUCUGGAUGUGACACCUAUUACUCUGGCCCUCAGUGGAGCGGCAGCCUACCCUCGGGCAUGCUCAGCACUCUCUUCUAUGUUAUCACGACACGCCCUCAACCCAGCAGAUAUAUCUAUCCUCUUCAAUAUGUACUCGGAGAUGAACCCACCUCCUGUUGAUCUUAUCCGGGUCCCAGCAUUUCUAGAUCUCCUCAUUGAAGCAUUGUUCCGACCAUCAUCACGAAUCAACCCUGAACACAAGGCAAAGUAUGUGUAUGUGUUGGCGUAUGCGGCCAGUGUGGUUGAAACCUACAAGAAGGGACUGAGGAAGAAUAUUGACCGUGGGGAGUUGAAGCCAACAACACAAGCUCUGGAGAGGGUACAGGCGUUAUGUGCAGAGAACAAAAGUUCGUCAGAACUUAUAGCUGAUGUCUCUACGCUCUUCUUAAACAUCAAAUUCCCUGUGAUAGCCUUCGGAGUACUCAAGUGGGUGGACUACACUGUGACUGACACGAGUUACUUCAAGUUAAACACGGAUCACACACCUCUACAUCUCGUGCUCAUUGAUGAGAUUGUAACCAACCACCACCUUCUCCACCUGAAAGCUCUGGAACUGCUGGUGAAGCUGUUUGAGUCUCAGUUUGAGGAGCUUGAUGUUCUCGUCCGGCUGGAGCUGAAGAAGACCGUGCUUGACAGGAUGGUGCACCUGUUCAGUCGAGGCUUUGUUCUACCUGUAGUCACUUAUGUUAAGAACUGUGUCGACAAACCAGACACGGACAUCUCCCUUGUACGACAUUUUGUCACAGAGAUCCUAGAUAUUAUUGCCCCUCCAUACACACCAGAGUUUGUCCAGCUCUUUCUCCCCCUGAUAGAGAACAAGGCUAUCACGGGGUCCAUCAGGACUGAGGAUGGCAAUGAUCCAGUGUCAGAGUUCAUUGGUCAUUGUAAAAUGACAUCAUACAUCUGAGGAGAGUUUGAAUGUUUCAUGAUACCUCAAACAAGCUAAUGUGGCAGGUAUGAUCAUAACGGGAUCAACUCUGCCUAAGGACUAAGGACUCUUCUGUGUGACUGGACCAGAACUCUUCUGUGUGACUUAGCUUCAGAUGGAAGAUGGAUCACAGUUGAAAGCUAGCCUGCUGGUCAGGUAGCCACAUGGAAUGGACGCCAGGUCAAAUUCCCAAAAUGUUGAUCUGUUUGGUGAAUGUCUAUUCCAGGUCUGCAGCCAUAAUACUCUUCAGCACAGGGUCCACUUCCAUAGGCCACUGUGGAUUCACCACAGGGUCCACCUCCAUAGGCCACUGUGGAUUCACCACAGGGUCCACCUCCAUAGCCCACUGUGGAUUCACCACAGGGUCCACCUCCAUAGCCCACUGUGGAUUCACCACAGGGUCCACCUCCAUAGGCCAAUGUGGAUUCACCACAGGGCACUGGAUUCACCACAGGGUCCACCUCCAAAGACCAAUCUGGAUUCACCACAGGGUCCACCUCCAAAGGCCUCUGUGGAUUCACCACAGGGUCCAUUUCCAUAAGCCACUGUGGAUUCAUUUCCACUUCCAUAUGCCACUCUGGACUUCUGGAGAUCUCUGCAUUCUUGUGACCCCGAGUUCAUUCUUAUGAUUUCAAUAGUUCUGCAUAUUGCUUUCGAACAGGACCAAAAACAUUUCUGAGCUGUAGAGAGUGGAUUAUUUGCAUGAAUAUUAAGUUUUGUUGAUUUGUUAGGGUUUAACAGCCCACAAUUUGUUUGUUCAACUUUAAUACAUGUAUGUCAUUGUAAUAUGCCUGUCGCAUUUAUUUUUGCCGUUACUACAUUACAAUAUCUGGUUACA